AUGAACUUCCUCGACGAGAUCGGGCUCGCCCCCCUCUGGCGCUCCCCGCUCGACACCAAACUGCUCUGUGCGCAGCGCUUCGUGCGCCUGUUUGCCUAUGGCUGCUCGACACUCGUGCUGGCCUCGUACCUUUCUGCCCUUGGCAUCCCUGACGACCGCAUCGGCCUGUUCAUGACCCUGACGCUGGUCGGCGACGUGCUGAUCAGCUUCUUUUUGACGCUGUUUGCCGAUGCCGUGGGCCGUAAAGCCGUCUUGCUGCUGGGCUCUGCAAUGAUGUGUGUCUCUGGUCUGGUGUUUGCUCUAUCUGGCAAUUAUUGGGCGCUGUUGGCGGCUGCGGUGUUUGGUGUGAUUAGUCCGAGUGGCAAUGAAAUCGGCCCCUUUCGCGCUGUCGAGGAAUCGACUAUUGCCCACAUCACCUCCAAAGAAAACAUGAGCGAUAUCCUCACCUGGUACCUCUUGUUUGGCAGCGCUGGUACCUCCCUGGGUAUGAUGGUGUCUGGUUGGACUAUGACCCUGCUGCAGGAGACUAAAGGCUGGGAGUUUGUUCCAGCGUGUCGUGUGAUCUUUCUCAUCUAUGCGGCUGUCGGUGCGGUCAAGUUUUUGUUGACUGCCGGGCUGAGCAAGAGUGUCGAGGCGGCAAAGAAGCAGAAGAAGAAGCAGGUCUCUCAGCCAGAUCCUGCUUCAAACGGACGGGUUUCGGAGACAGAGCCGUUGCUGGGUUCAAGCCAAGAACAACUGCCAGAAACAGAAACAGAACCACAACAAGAACAACCUGUCGGCCCCAGACGGUCCAUUCCAUUUCUGCCCGGCGUUGAACCGCAAUUCGUAGGACUGGUGACGAGCGUGAUCCUCCUUUUUGCGCUGGACUCUUUUGCCUCUGGUCUGGCUUCUUUAACGUGGAUAACGUAUUUCUUCCGACGUAAAUUCAACCUCCCCGAGGGCCGUCUGGGCUCGUUCUUCUCCGGCACCAGCAUCAUCCAGGCUUUGUCCAUGCUAGUCGCCUCGUCGAUAGCCAAACGCUUCGGAAACGUCAAGACCAUGGUCUUCACCCACCUCCCCUCCACCUUCUGCCUCGCCAUGAUCCCCAUCCCGUCUUCGCUGCCUAUCGCCAUGGUCUUUGUGAUCCUGCGCGCCUGCACGCAAAACAUGGACGUCGCCCCGCGCUCGACAUUUCUAGCGACUGCCCUGCCGCCGGACCAGCGCACGGCCAUCAUGGGCACUAUCAAUGUGGCCAAGACGAGUGCGGCGAGUUUGGCACCGCUGCUGACGGGUUUGCUAGCCGCGAGGGGCAUGUUUUGGGUAGCCUUUGUCAUGGCAGGCGCGCUCAAGGCGGCGUAUGAUAUUGGCAUGUUGGUUACGUUUGGUGAUACGGAUAGGAGGUUGAGAGAGGAGGCAGCCGCUGAAGCUGCGCAGAGAGACGAGGAGGCUUGA